AUGGCACCUCUUGGUAUUGCCAUUAUUGGCGGUGGAAUUUUCGUUCGAGAGGAACACCUGCCGGCGGUUUUAGCGUGUCCCCUAGUCUCCCUCAAGGCGAUAUGGUCCCGUUCCCGAAAGUCGGCUGAAGAAACGGCUCGCAUGGUGCCCAGCGAUGCUGGCGCUGUGGACCUCUACUCGACAGAGUCAGGUGAUGGCAAGUCGUACGAUGACCUGCUUAAACGCUCAGAUAUAGUUGGAGUCAUCCUGGCCUUGCCAAUCCUGGACCAGCCAGCAUUCAUCGAGAAGGCCCUGGCAGCUGGCAAGCACGUAUUGGCAGAGAAGCCCAUCGCAUGGGAUGUUGCUCGUGCCCAGGAGCUGAUAGAUUACUACCGAAAGGUGUCUUCCGAGACCAAGGCAACGCUAGCGAUCGCUGAAAACUUUCGUUUCAAUCCAGGAUGGGCCUACGGUGCGGAGGAAAUCAAGAAGCUCGGCAAGGUGACUGGCUUCGUCGUACGGCUAAACUGGAGGAUGGACGUUGAGAACAAAUACGUCCAGACACCCUGGCGAACUCAACCAAAGUUUCAGGGCGGAAUCCUUCUCGAUGGUGGUGUGCACUUCACUGCCAGCCUGAGGAAGCUGCUAGGGAAGGAGAAUGCAAUCGAAAGUCUGACGGCUUAUUCUUCCUUGGUCUCGAGCCACUUGCCCCCGGUCGACUCCAUCAACGCUAUCAUGAAGACAAAGUCUGGCGCUGUUGGUUCGUACAUCACGUCUUGCGGAACGAUGUUCAACGCUUUCCAAUUUGAAGUCGCCUGUGAACAGGGACAGGUCAAGGCAGAAGGGGCCAAGGUUGUGACGAUUAGAGGCACUGGUGAGAAUGCCAAGGUCGAGGAGAAGGUAUGGGAAAAGACCUCGGGAGUCAAGGAAGAAGUGCGAGCAUGGGCCGAAUCAAUGUUAUCGGGAACACCAAAUCCAGAACAGGCCCCUGAACUUGCCCUCGGCGAUUUGGAAUUGAUGGAAAAGAUGUUGACAAGCGGAGACCAAGGUGGUGCGCGACAGACACUGGAGUUCCAGCACUACAUCUAA